AUGUACACACCAACUCCCCCACCUCCGGUACCUCCGCCGAAACCCAGCAGCCACGAAGCUAGCCGCCUAGGAACACCCUCCGCCUCCAACUCUCCUCGCCCCCCGCCGCCGAUUCCAGACGACACUUUAGCGAGGGAUUCACAGGGAAAGGGCAAGUCGUCAGCCUCUAUAGAUGCGUCGGGUCUGAUCCCGGCCCCGAUUGCGGGCGGCGAGCACGAGAGCAUACCGGAUCCGGGCGACCAAUGGCUGCCCAAGAUUCUCGAGGAUAAAUCGAAACAAGACCUAGCAGACAUCCUCUCCUCCCCACCAACCCUCGACGCACUAACCCACGCACCGACCUCCGCACACCCAUCCCUCAUCCAAACCCGCGACGCCCUCCUCUCCGCGCUCGCCGAAAACGUCGGCCUCGCAACACACCUCACAGACCUCGAAGCCCGCCUCGCGGCCCAGCGCGCCCAGGCCCAAGCCCAACUCCUCAGCACACACGCGCUCGAACGCCAGUGGCGCGCCAAACAGGCCGAGAUGGACGCCGCGCUGGCGCCGUUCGCUCCGGGCGCGUUGUAUGCCCGGUUAGGACAGAGUUUGGGGGAGCAGGAGGCUGUGUGUCGGGCGCUUGAGGAGAGUUUUUUGGAGGGAGGGGGAGGGGGGGAUAGGGGUGGGGUGGAGGGGGAGUUGGCUUCGGAGCGGGAGGUGCUGGACUGGGUGAGACGGUAUAGGGAUGCGAAGAAGGUGCUGUAUUUGAGGCAGGAGAGAAGGGAGCGCUGGAAUGAACAUCGGGUUGGGGGGUGGCGGUGA